GCCGAAGAAGGGAGGCAGCCCGCAGUCUCCGGGCUGGAGGAGCCGGGCCUUCACUGCUGCCAGGGGGGAGCAGGCGGAGCAGGUGGGGCGGCGGUGACACAGCAGCAAGACAACGUUCGGCCCCGGAGGAUCGCGACUGAAGCGCGGCGGAUCGGAAGAAGCGCGCCGGGGCAAGAGGGGCUUUGCUGAAACAGGCGCGACCCCGGAAGAUACUCCGCGGCCCCCUCCCCGGCGGACACCUGGUUCCGUGCCUCCGCAGAAGCCGGGAAAUGCACGUUCUCCCGGCUUUCCCCGCGUAUAAAAUUUCGGAAAGACUUUGGCUCUGAUUUGGAUUUGCAUUUCUUGUUCCUGGCAUUUCAAACUGCUGCACCACGCAUCACUCCGCUCACUUUUCCAACCAGACUUAGAAAUGGAGCGCGCUCCCUUUUUCCGUCUAGACAGCAGACGCUAUUAGCCUCUGAGCUUUUAAGUCGGAUUUGCGCGGAAUUUACCUCAGUGUUACUGGGCACACUGAUGCGUCUCCGCAAUUCCAGUUUGUGCAAUACGCCCAUCAAGACCUUUCCGAAUUGCAUAUUUUGAUCCAUGAUUUGCUAAGCACCCCAGUAUUUAAAAUUGCACCAACCCCCCAAUUUGGCACAGGAUUAUAAAACCGUCGGUUCACUCAGUUCUGUAACGCGCUGCUUUUCUCUUUUUAACCGGAUUGCAGAGCGUUCCUGCUACUCUAAUCUGCGUUUCCCAUAUUGUUUGAGUACAGCAAUCUGGAUUAACGCUGCAACUUGCUGAAGGGGUUUGCUGGUUUACAGAACGAUGUUGCCAGGAUCUAUUCAGAUCUCUGGAGAGACUUUAUCCAGUGCAGAGAUUCGGGAUAUUUGUGAGAGCCUACGGGAGAACUCCAUCAAACUGCUUUCACUCCGUGGUUGUCAACUUUCUGAUCGAGAUUUCGGUCGUAUCUGCAGGGGGGUAGCAGAGUCUCAUUCGCUGGCUCAACUUAAUCUCAACUUGGGAAUUGUUUCCAAUAUCAAUCGGGUCAAGCAGUUGGCUGAAGCCCUGAAGACGAACCGCUCUGUCCAAUCUUUGUUCCUUCAUGGGAGUCCCCUGACAGAUGCUGGUCUGGCCAUCCUCAACCCAGCCCUAUCCAUCCAUCCCUCACUCGUGGCCUUGGAUUUGGGGGACUGCAUGCUGGGAGAUGAAGGUAUCAACUUGAUUUGUGGGCUUCUUCCUCCUGAUGGGGCCAAGUCAGGAUUGAAGGAACUGACUCUCAGUGCAAAUUCUGGCAUCACACCCAAGGGAUGGGGACGUCUGGCUAUUGCAGUGGCUCACAGUUCCCAGGUGCGAGUGUUGAACUUGGACUACAACCCCCUGGGUGACCAGAUAGCAGCAAUGCUGGCUGUUUCUGUGGCAUCCAGCCGCACCUUAGAAGUUUUAGAUUUGGAAGGAACAGGACUUACCAACCAGUCGGCUAUGAUCCUACUGGAUAUGGUGGAAAACUAUCCAACAGCUCUGAGGACACUGAUCCUGGCAGAGAACAACAUUAGUCCUGAACUACAGCAGCAGAUCUCAGACCUUCUUUCAGAGGGAGAGGAAGAGGAGGAGACUGUGUCCCAUGAAGUCAUGGCCAGAGAGAAAAAUCCCUGGAUCUGUCAAAGCAAUUCCAGUUCCCAGAUGGUCUUGGUAACAUCAGGCCUUGGAGAAAGUCUAUUAGCAGAAACAGAGAUGUGAACAGAAAGUCUGAUGAGAAAAACAUUCCCAUGUACUGUAUUUGGAAAGACCAUAUUGGUAGAAAUGUGUAUUUUCACACAUCUUGUGUAAUGUCUGCUGUGCUUCUGAAUUUGUGAGUGUACGCACUAGGCAAAGAUAGGAAAGCUGAUAUGCCCGCGUGCAAGUACUAGUCUGUGUGACUGCAGAUCCAUACACUGUGUUUAACUGAAGUCACCUUUUUUCCCCCUGCUCUGGAACCAUACCCAGAUUACUCAGUCCUUGUCAUUUGCUUUUGAUGAUUCAGUUGCUGUAUUUUUAUAUUUCACCAUACUUGACUGAUCUUUGGGAGAAACUGCAUUAUUCAGAUGUAUAUAUUUAUGUACAAGAGAUACUCUUUUUAUUGCUUGUAUUUAUGCUUGGGUAAAAUUUUAUAAAAUUCACAAACAUGGCAGAGUUGCGGUUGCAAGAUCCACAUAUGGAAGAAAGAGAAGGGAUGAGAUGUGCACUGAAAAUAAUAACAGCUCACCUGAGCACGGCAUUAGUAAAACACUUUGGCUGCUGGACUACAUGCAUCUUAUUGCCUUAUGAAAAGCUAGAACCUCUACAGAGUUAUGUUGUAAGAACUUUUUCAGCCAAGGGCUACACUGAACUGAAUCUCAUGUACUUUGCUGUGUAAAGAAACCUUUCUCAAAUCCAUUUUGAUAUAUGCUUUCCAUUUCACAAAAUGACAAUAGGACAUUAAAGUUAAAAG